AUGCAAGCGAUCGAGAGGCAAUGGUCAAACGAUAAUCUGCGUAGAUUUGAUCGCUUCUGGUAUGGUCCAUCAAGAAGUCAAUUCCCUAAUCGGGUCCGAGAAGGAAGUGUUGUCACCGAAGGCGGCGCAUCGAGCAGAACCAGUAUGUCUAGCGGAAGGAGAUAUUCAACUUCAGACUCCCAUGUCAUCGAGCACAACGCGACGGUACCGAAUCAACCAUCCCAGACAUGGAACAUCAGAGGCCGUUCCCUGCGGCUAUUACGCAAACCAGCAACACGUUUUUACAAGCCCAAGAUUCUACAGGAAACGCUGCUUGGCCCUGAGAACUACAAGCAUUGGGCGGUGGCGAUGGAGCGAACGCUCAGGCAAUGCGCCGUUGCAUGGGAACUGGAAGGCGACAUUAUGCUUGCGCUAGUCUAUGGCGAGUCCAGCUCUCAAUGGACCCAAUUCAACCCGAACAUCUGGAUGGUGAUUUUCAGCAACGUGUCAUCACAGAUACAACAAGAUCUGAGUGAUUUAGGAACUUCGGAUGCCCACGAAGCAUGGCAGUUUCUGGAAAAGACGUGCGGAGGUGACGUGCCUUUGCGGGUACGGUCUGUUAAGGGUGUGCGCGAUAUAAUGAACAUUAGGUAUGACAAGUGUUCAUCACUCAAGGAAUAUCUACGGAAUAUGAUGCUGUGCAUUCGUGCAAUUGAAUGUAACCCUCACGGGGAGAAAGAGAACCAACGAAGAGAGGGAGGCAGCCCCCACGGAGGAACAGACAACGAGGGGGUAGAUAAUGAGUGGCUAUGGUGCCAGUUCAUACUCGUGAAUCUAGGACCAGAGUGGGAGUCAUGGAUCUCUGAAUUGCUGGAAAAGUCCAAAGAUGGCGAGCCGUUGGGUGGUGCCAUAAGGAGCCUGGGGAGACUCUUCCACAUCAUCGAGGCAGAAGAAGCCCGGCGCAUACAAGCCUCUCGUUAA